UAGUCGUCGCGAGCAGAGGGGAGCAGAGAGCGGCGCCCGCGCUGCGUCCCGGCGCCGACGCCACGUGAUACGUGAUGCGCACGGUAUGACGCGCGCCGCGCUAGCUGUGGCGUGCCUCGCCCUCCUCGCUCACGGGUCAACACAGAGGGGCUACGAAGCUUUCCGGGAGAGCUGGGAAGAGUGGUGGACAUACGAUGGAAUUUCAGGACCGGCGUUCUGGGGCCUCAUCAACCCGCAGUGGACGCUGUGCAGCAAGGGCCGGCGGCAGUCGCCCAUCGACGUCGACCCGGACAAGCUGCUGUUCGACCCCCUGCUCAGACCGCUGCACAUCGACAAGCGGCAGGUGAGCGGUACGUUGCGCAACACGGGCCAGACGCUGAUGUUCACUGUGGACAAGAACUCAAAGCACCCGGUCAACAUCUCAGGCGGCCCGCUCGCCUACCGCUACCAGUUCGAGGAGAUGUACUUCCACUACGGCGGUGACAACAUGCACGGCUCCGAGCACCGCAUCCACGGCUACACUUUCCCAGGAGAGAUCCAGUUGUACGGCUUCAACGUGGACCUCUACAAGAACAUGUCCGAGGCGCAGCACAAAUCGCAGGGCAUCGUGGGAAUCUCUAUCAUGUUGCAGAUAAGGGAGAAUCCUACAGAAGAACUGCGGAUGAUCACUAGUACAUUUAAUCAAAUAAAGUUCAAAGGGUCAGCGACGCAUAUAGAGCACCUGUCGCUGCAGCGCCUGCUGCCGAACACGGACCACUACAUGACGUACGAGGGCUCGACGACGCAUCCUGGCUGCUGGGAAACCACCGUCUGGAUCAUCGUCAACAAGCCCAUGUACAUCUCCAGGCAAGAGAUGUACUCGCUGAGGAUGCUGAUGCAGGGUCCGAAGGAGGAGCCGAAGGCGCCUCUGGAGAACAACGUGCGACCGCCGCAGCACCUGCACCACCGCACCGUCAGGACCAACAUCGACUUCACGUGGCCCUCGUCCACCCUCGAGAAGGGCAAGAAGUGUCCCUCCAUGCACCGCGACGUGCACUACAGGGCCAACAUGUGGAUCGUGCCCGACGUGCCGAACCUGUAGUGCCGGCAGGUGGCGCCCACGACCGCGACUGCAGCGCCUCUGCCGGCCGCUGCAGGCUGCGGGGCCAGCCGGGAGCAGAGCAUGCUUCGGCGGUGCCCCAGGCCCUCUCUGCCGGGGAUACCCGGCCACUAGCCACGCUCGCUUCAGAGCUGCGCCGCCGUGUAUCUGCGCUGCGCUGCGCAGCCCUAUAGCCUUGCAACGCUCGAGUGUUGCUGCUGAAGAAAUGUAUAUAUGGAUGACUGCAGUAAAAUGAA